CAUUUUCUUAGCAUGUACGACUAUUGUUGAUGACGGCAUUUAAUAAAACGAUGUAACAAAACAUUUGACGUUCUUUGAUAAAAACGAAAUCUUGUGAUCGACUUGCCAUAAUUUGAAAGUUUAAUCGACGGCAGAUCAAGGCUAGCGAACGCAGAAAGGACCAAUAGGUUUAUAUGGCACAACCUGGUACAGAGUUUCGUCGCUUGAUACCAGCUCUACUAAGGUGUAUAUUUUAUGAGUGAUCAAUGGCAGACAAGUUUUCUUUGAACACAUCACACGUUCAUGUUUGGAAAGCUCUACCUUGCGGUAUAGAUAUCGGUGGAACCUUGGCGAAAGUUGCGUUCUUUGAGUGCUCGGUGAACGGUAAUCACAACGUUAAUGUUGUAAAUGGCAUUCAUGCUGCAUUAGGAGACUACGUAAAAUCAUCACGUCAAUACGGCUCUGAGGGCGAACGUGACGAGAGACUGGAGAUGAGGAACAUAGAAUUGGGAUCGAAGAUAGGAAACUUGCAUUUCAUACGUUUCCCGACGUCGAGAAUGGACGAAUUCUUUAAACUUACGAAAGAGGUGCAGCCACAUGAGUUUUCUCCUAAAAAGGUUUACGCCACAGGGGGAGGUGCUUACAAGUUCGACGACGAAUUUAAAGAAGCUUUGGAUCUGCAGCUGGUGAAAUGUGACGAACUGGAAUGUUUGAUUCAAGGAAUCCACUUCAUGGACAAAAACUUUGUCGGCGAAUGUUACUAUUUUACGUUUUCUGACGACGACUCGAAACCUAGAAAAGUAUCGUAUGAUUUUCAAUCAGCUUGUCCAUACCCGUUUAUCGUUGUCAACGUUGGUUCAGGCGUUAGUAUAUUGGUAGUUCGCUCCUCCAGUGAAUAUGACAGAAUCAGUGGGUCAGCUUUGGGCGGAGGAACAUUUGUCGGUUUAAGCUGCCUGCUAACAGGUUGUGAGACUUUUGAGGAGGCUCUGGAGUUAGCUUCUAAAGGUAAUAAUCAUUCUGUGGAUAAACUGGUGAAGGAUAUAUACGGUGGAGAUUAUACGAGAUUUGGAUUAUCUGGAGAUGUUGUUGCGAGCAGUUUCGGGUCGAUGAUAUUACCCGAGAGACGUAGCAACGUGACGAAAGAAGACCUUGCAUGUGCUACGCUCAUGAUGAUCACUAACAAUAUUGGAUCCAUUGCCAGGAUGUGCGCUGUAAAUGAGGGAAUAGACCGAGUUGUAUUUGCUGGGAAUUUCUUACAAAACACUCUUUCAAUGAGUAUGCUGGCACAAGCCAUGAACUUUUGGUCCAAAGGAACAAUGAAAGCAUUGUUUUUAGAACAUGAGGGUUAUUUUGGUGCCGUAGGUGCCUUGCUGCAAUCAUUGAAAGAGUAGUCUGUCACAACUUUCUCUGUCUACAUUAUUAUGAACAAUUCAGUGUACGAGGAGAAAUAUUUCUUAAGAAAACGAUGUCCCUGGAUACGUGAUUCAUAUCGCUCGGGGAGAUGAUCGAAAUCAAAAUAAUUAUUAGUUUUCAUAUCAACUAUUGAAAUGCGUGCAGUAUUCAAACAUUCUUAAAAUAGGCCUCAGUGCAGCAAGUGUAUUUCACACGGCUAUCUUUUAGCCGACUCCAUCACAUCGCGCAAGUGUUUUUUCACGGUCUACUUUCAUAAUCUAAUAUUUAGUCCAUUAUUGCAAAGAUCUUGAACUUUCCACAAAAUAAACGAAUGAUGCACUUUUGCAUAAAUCAA